AGCGUGACGCACGCUUAACGUUACAAAAACACAUGCACGUGUUUCCGCGUUCAUAGGAAAUCUCGAAGAAAAGAUGGAUGUAUAAAGAUCACAUUGAGCGACAUGGAGUUCCUAAAGAGACCCGCUGUGCCUGAGGACUCGGUUCAGUACCGACUCUUUCUGCUCAGUCCCGAUCCUUUGGAUGUUCAGAAGAAGCAGCGGCUCCUCCUGCGGCUCCUGGAGGAUGUCCUGGCCGAGGUCGCUCCUCUGCUGGUGGGCUACAUUUGGCAGAAGGAUCCUUUUAAUCUCAGCUUCCAUCCAGAGAAAGGUGAUGUCCCGGCUCACCUGGGCGGCAGCACGGAAUUCGGCGACAAUGUUGAAGACGAGUGGUUCAUCGUUUAUCUGCUCAAACGCAUCACAAACAGGUUCAGCGAGCUAGCUGCCAGCAUCCAGGACAAUGAUGGACAGUUCCUCUUGAUCGAGGCGGCUGAGUACCUGCCCAAGUGGCUUGACCCUGAGAGCAGCGAAAACAGGGUUUUCCUGUACCAUGGUGAGCUGCACAUUUUGCCUAACCGCGUGCGUGCUGGAGAGGCGGGAUGGCCUGGAGACUCGGUGCCAUCAGUACAUGAGGCUCUGGAGGUGUUGCACAGACACGGUGAGCUCUGUUUGGCUGAUCGGCCAAUCCGAGCUGCACUGGAGCGACGACUGCAGGGGUUUCCAGGUAAAAUCAAGACCAGCCUCCAUCAUGCCCAUUGCUACGUACCUGCAGGUGUUGCAGCUGUGUUGGCACGGCGACCUGACCUUGUGGCUCCUGCUGUUUCUGCAUUUUAUCUGCGUGACCCUGUUGACCUUCAGGCCUGCAGAACUUUUCGCCACUUUCCCCCUGAUUCGAGAGUCCUCACGCUGGUGACCUUCACACGCUGUCUUUAUGCUCAGCUCCAGCAGCAGAGCUUCAUUCCUGACAGGAGGAGUGGAUUUAACCUGCCACCUCCAUCACACCCUCAAUACAAAGCUCACAACCUCGGCAUGAAGCUGGCACACGGUUUCGAGAUCCUGUGCAGUAAAAGCAGGCGCACGGAGACGAGCUCGGAAGCUCCAGUGAACGCCCAUCCGCUCUGGAGAGGAUUCCUGGACAGUCUGAACAGAAAAGAUUACUUUAAGGGGGAGCUGGAAGGCUCGGCGCGCUACAGAGAGCUCAUGACGGCAGCCAAGAGUUUCUUUAGGCAGUCCAUGCCCAGUGCUCAGAGGUGUGUUCAUGGUCCAGGUGAGGAAGUGUUGCAGGUGUUAGAGAGCGCCCCCUACAGUCUGGAGCAAUUAAAAAAACAAGAAGCUCACCUUCCACCAGAAGACAGUGACACCUGGUUAAACAUCACCCCAGAUGAGCUAGAGAGGUUGCUGGAGGAAAGAGGGGGUCAAAGGGCAGGUACAGGUCAAGCAAGCACAUGUGGAGCAGGGAGGAGUGAGGAUGAGGAGAAACAGCAGGAGGAAGAAGCCGGAUACACUCUAGUGGCUGUGACACAGGGGAUGAAGGACUUCAUAAAUGCCAUGUCAUCACACGAAGGAGCUGAAUUCCCACGGUCGUGUUUGUCAGAGUCGUUCAGUUUUGACCCUGACGCAGUGACGAGCGCUCUGGACAGACUGCUUGGUGGUAAAGAUGAGGAACUGGACUCAGAUGAUUUAGAUGAUGAUGAUGAUGAUGAGGAUGAUGAUGAUGAAGCAGAGGAUGAAGUACCUGAAGAGCAGACAAGAGCAGAGACGUUGGAGAAUCUGAAGAGAUACAUGGAGGAGAUGGAUCAAGAGCUUCGAACCACGAAUGUCGGACAGAGUUUCACAUCUAAUGGCAAAGGCGGUGAUAUCGGGGCAGACGCAGCAGGAAGCUCUGAGCAGACUGAAGACGAAAUCCAGCCGUUAGACGUAGACGUCAACCUGGUAACCAACCUGCUCGAGUCGUUAUCCUCUCAGGCCGGUCUCGCCGGACCCGCCUCGAACCUGCUGCACAGCCUCGGUUUACGACUGCCCCCUAACGCCGACCCCUCUUAAGGACACUCACCCGAACCGGCUCGAAUAGCACUUAUAUACAUGGAGCAUCGGUGCAUCAAAUGUCAUGUCUUUUAUAACGAAAUUAAACAUAUGAACGAAUUCAAAAGUGUGUAUUUUUGUUCAGGAUGUCUAAUAAAACAGUUUUGUAAAGCGCUUGUACAA